AUGUUCAAAUUCAACAUUAUUCUGAUUGUAGCCCAAACUGCAGCUUUCAUCUGCGUUCUGCUGAAGUUAAGAACAAUGCCGUCUCCUCCUGUGAAGAAACACGACAGGACGCAUAUCCUUAUCCUUUCCUCCUGGAGAUCAGGAUCAUCUUUCACUGGCCAACUCUUCAGCCAACACCCUGAUGUCUUCUAUCUAAUGGAACCAGGGUGGCACGUAUGGUCUGCACUGCAUCAGAACGGCCAUAGGGUAUUGCAUAUGUCUGUACGGGACCUGCUGCGCUCUGCUUUUCUGUGUGACAUGUCGGUGUUUGAUGCCUACAUGGGAUCGGAAAAGAUCAAGUCUACAUUGUUCCAGUGGGAGACCAGUCGAGCCUUGUGUUCCCCGCCAGCGUGUGAAUCUUUUAAAAGAAGUGAUAUCAUUCCACAGGAGCACUGCAGAAUACUUUGCUCCAAAUACCCCUUUGAGACCGUUGAAGAAGCUUGUAAAACCUACAAUCAUAUCGUUCUAAAAGAAGUGCGAAUCUUUGACAUAAAAGUGCUCUAUUCCCUUCUAAGGGACCCAUCGCUAAACCUGAAGAUCAUUCAUUUGGUACGGGAUCCCCGCGGGGUGUUUCAUUCUCGGCAAAGACUAACCAGAGAGCUAGGCACAGACAGUGACAUCGUUAUGCAGGGACUAACGGAGAAGGAUGAGGAUAAGGAAUACCAGGUGAUGCAGGAGAUCUGUAAGAGCCAAGCUGAAAUGUAUCUAAAUGCUACGCGGUCCAACUUCAAGGGCCUACGUAGGCGUUACUUUGCGGUACGUUACGAGGACAUCGUCAACGAACCUGUUCUCAUGGCAGAGCUGAUGUACAGGUUUGCAAAGCUUGAUUUCACCCCAAAACUUAAAUCAUGGAUAUAUAACAUAACGCAUGGGGAAGGACACGGGCACAGUUUUGUUAUUAACCCGAGAAACGCUCUUAAUGUCUCUAUGGCAUGGAGGUAUAUACUUCCGUUCAAUACAACUGAAAAAAUACAAAACAUUUGUGCGAGUGCCAUGGACGUUUUUGGCUAUAAAGACGUGAAAAGUGAAGAAGAGCAGAAAAACGUUUCGUUAGAUCUUCUCUUGCCUGGGCCUAAGUAA